AUGUCAUAUCAUCAACAUUCGUUGCCAGAUUAUUAUAAGAAUUAUAACGAUUAUUCACCAUCAGACCACUUUUACCCACCACCACCAAGACAAGCACCAUAUUCAGAAUAUUAUCCGCCAUCACCAAAGCCAACUUCUAAAACAUAUUCAUCAUCAGACAAUUAUUCGCCAUUAACUUAUCCGCCAUCACCAAAGCCAACUUCUAAUCAAUAUCCACCACCAAGACGCACACCAUAUUCAGACUAUUAUUCGCCGCCAUCACCAAAGCCAACUUCUAAAACAUAUUCAUCAUCAUGGGUAGAUCCUACACCAUACACGGGUCCAAAUUCAUCAUUAGACUAUUAUUCGCCACCAACUUAUCCGCCAUCACCAAUACCAACUUCUGAAACAUAUUCAGACUAUUAUUCAUCAACACCGAUUCCAUAUUCACCAUCUACACCAUUGCGUCGAAGACAGUCAACUGUAUAUACACCAACGUGUCUACGAUGUGACGCAAAGACCGUUUCGACCGAGGAAGAUUUUUGCUCGAAAAAGUGUAAAAACUGGGUUAAACAGAAUGCCCCUUGUUUGUUAAAGUUAUCAGAAACAAGUGAGAAAUACAAUAAAAUAGGAAUGCAGUUCCUAUUAGGAUGGAAACACCCUGACAAAAAAUCACCAGAAAUAUCAUCUAUACAUGCGAUCUGCUGUAGUGGAUUUAUGGUCAAUAGAUAUAAUACAUAUCGUGACAAAGUUGAAAAGAAACACCAAUUAGAAGGACAAGUAUCUCCGGAAGAUAAUAGCAAAAUGAGUGCUGGAAAUGAACGAUUAAGAUUUCAUGGAACUGGCACGUAUGUAUCUACCCUAGCACUAGGAAAAGUUCUUGUCCCGGAAUUUGUUCGAAAAGAUGCAAUUGUCCAAAUUUUUAAACAAUGUUUAAUUGGGAUCUCAGAUGAUGGAGUUGUGUGCGAUGAUUCAGAGUGUUCGACCUGUUGCAUAAUAAGAAAAGGCUACAAGCUGAAAUUUAUUAAAAAAAGCAAUGGAUUCAAACGAUUUGGCAAUGGUAUUUAUUUCUCUGCCACAUCUUCUAAAUCAGACGACUACAAUUUUGGGUCUCAGAAGAGCUUCAAUGGUGCCAAGUAUAAAACAAUGCUAUUGAAUAAAGUAGUAGUGGGUAAUGGGCGUCAACUCAUAUUCAACAAUGACAAGUUAAAUAAGCCUCCGCAUGGGUACAAUUCUGUUUUGGGCGAACCUAAUUUAAUGGGGAAUUUAAACUAUGAUGAAGUUGUGGUUUAUAAAGAGAAAGCUUGUAUUCCGCAGUAUUUAAUUGUCUAUAAGCUGCAAAAAUUAUCUAAUUUUGAAAAAUGGAACAUAGCUUUUGUGUAUUCAUUGGAGUUUCCUCACAGGCCAUUAUGUGCUGAUAAACACAGUAAAAUCAAAGGAAUAUUCAAUUGGAGACAAGGUCGCAAAAGUCCUCGUGCCUGA